CUCCGGGCCAAAAGGAGGCGGCGGAGGCCGGGGCGCCGCUCUCCUCCUCGGCGGGGCCAUGGAGGAGCUGCUGUGCUGCGAGGGGGCCGCCCCUGCCUCGGCCAGCCGCGCCGCGCCCGACCCCAGCCUGGUGCGCGACGCGCGGGUGCUGCGCAACUUGCUGGCCGUCGAGGAGCGCUACCUGCCGCGCUGCUCCUACUUCAAGUGCGUGCAGCGGGACCUGCAGCCCUUCAUGCGCAGGAUGGUGGCCACCUGGAUGCUGGAGGUUUGUGAAGAACAGAAGUGCGAGGAAGAAGUAUUCCCCUUAGCCAUGAAUUAUUUGGACAGAUUUCUGUCCGUGGUGCCCACCCGCAAGUGCCAUCUGCAGCUUUUAGGAGCAGUUUGCAUGUUCCUGGCCUCCAAGCUGAAAGAAACUAUUCCCCUCACAGCAGAGAAACUUUGCAUAUACACAGACAAUUCCAUCAGACCGCAAGAACUGUUGGAUUGGGAGCUGGUGGUCUUGGGGAAAUUGAAGUGGAAUCUGGCUGCAAUCACCCCCCAUGACUUUAUUGAACACAUCCUAAGGAAGCUUCCUUUCCCUCGAGACAAACUGCUUUUGAUCCAGAAGCACGCACAAACUAUUAUUGCUCUAUGUGCCACAGAUUUUAACUUUGCCAUGUAUCCGCCAUCAAUGAUUGCAACAGGGAGUGUGGGAGCCGCUGUCUGUGGCCUGCAGCUGGAUGAGGGAGACCGCCUUCUCUCUGGUGACUUCUUAACAGCACUCCUGGCCAGAAUCACGAACACAGAAGUGGACUGCCUGAAAGCGUGCCAAGAACAGAUCGAGUCGGUUCUAGUAAACAAUCUUCAAGAAGUCCCACAGCAUCAGAGCAAUGCUUCAAAGACCAUGGAUGAGUUGGAUCAAUCCAGUACUCCUACGGAUGUCCGGGAUAUUAACCUGUGAGGACAUCGCCACAGAAAGUUGUGUUCCACCAGCCCCAUUUUUUUUUGUGCUCUAUCUUCUCUUUCACACACAGGCACGUAUAUGUUCCAGCAGAAUGUAUUUGAAACUUUUUGGAUCUUAAAAAUCACCAAAGGCAAAAAUCCAUUGGGAAAUUCCCUUGCACGAGUCGCAUUGAAUUGAGUCUUGUUCUUUCAAAAGGCUUCUGCAAGAAAACUUCUCACUUGUCUAUGUGUGUGUGUGUAUAGCAUUCAGUGCCUAUGAUAUAAAACAGAAGGGAAUUCCACAACAGUGUGUUUCAUAAUUGCUGUUUUGGUUAUGUAUUGGUGAUAAGAGAAGCUUAUAAAAGCAUUCAAAUAGCUAGAUAGAGUUAAGUGUGCAGGAACAAAACAGAGAAUACUUUUUAAUGAGUGUAUUAUGAGCUCGUGUGUACCCCUUUUCUCUUUAAGAAAGGAAUAAUAUUUGUCAAUUAUUUUUAAUGGCUUACUUGGAUUGCAAAAUCAAUAGAUAUAAAAUGGAGAGCAGGCUGUGUGUGUAUGUGUACGUGAAAAGAAAAUGGAGGGAAAAUUCCUGAAGUGAUUGAGUUGGGGGGGAAGGUACAGAAGACAUUUAGGGUGCAGUGCAUACAUGCUCUCGUGAAGUUUAUAUUUGUUUUGAUGGGGUACAUGGGAGAUUGCGCCUUGAUUUUUCUUCCACCUUGACUGAAGAUAGUUUUAAUUGUUAACCUUUGCUCUUAGUUGGUAGAUUGUACUUAAGAAAUUUGUAUUGUUUUUGCAGCCAGAUUGGCAGGGCUUUGCCUCUUUAACACCCCCCCCCCAUAUAUGUGUGUGUGUGUGUGUGUGUGUACACCCCCACCCCCACACACAUCACCCCCCAAAUCUGGAAAAAAUGUUUGGAUCUUUUAAAGACAGUAGUCUGUUUGGCAGAAGUGUGAAAUUUCCUAUUCAGCUGUGGGCCAAACUAAAGUAAUUACCUUUCAAGUUACAGUUGAGAAGGAAUUUGUGUGCAUGAGUCUCAGUGUUCUUUUACCAUUCCCACUUGUUUUAACAGGGCUUGGGCAGGAGAACUUCCCACUGGAUGUUGUCUUCAUUGUAUGCUUGUAUAAUUCUACUACAUGUUCGUAGAAUGUACUUCGAACUGUCCAUAUAUUGUGCUUUAUGAGUAUUAAUACUGCCUCUAAUAAGGAUACUUUUGCUGUUUGGCAUAGUACAAUGCAUAUAUACCACACACGUAUACUGUUGGCCCAGUUGGUGGGAUAGUGACUAGCAGUGCUCUCCUACGUAGAGUAACACCAGCCUGUGACUCUGCAUAGUGUGUCGCUGUAAGUUACUCUUGGAUAGGUUGGUUGUUUCUGUGCGUUCAUAGUAUGAGAUAGAAAAACACACCAUUUUAAAACGACUAGUCAGUUAAUGAGUAGAGAUGUGAAAUUUUGAAGCCAUGGGGGAAAUAUUUAGGGGAAAUUGGAACAAAUGCAAACCCUACUUUUUAAUCAAACUGUAAACUUACUUUGGUAGAACAGCAGGAUUUGAUUCCAGUAGCACCUUAGCGACCAAUGCUUUUCAAGGUAUAAACUUUCAAGAGUCAAAGCUCUCUUCUUCAGAUAGUUUUGAUUUUCGAAAGCUUAUACUGUGAAAAUCUUGUUGGUCUCUAAGGAGUUACUGGACUUAGAUCCUGUUGUUCUACCAAGAUGGCUACCUACCUGAAACUUACUUUGCUAGCUUAAUGAUGUAAAAUGCACCACUUAGAACUUCACCAUAUACUUAAUGUCUUAGUUUUUUGAAAUGAAAAUUGCGAAUAUACCUCAAACUAGAAAGAGAGAACUAGAAACUGCGGUUCUUUUUGCUAUCAUAGCACAGGUAUAUUUUUUUUGCCAUCUAAGAGGUCAAACAGAGAAAUUGGAAGUAGCACAAUCAGAUACUGAGUUAACUUCGCAUCGUUGAAAACGUUAGACUCUUCAGUGAUGUGUAUCUAUUACACCUGGGGUUGGAUCCAGCCAUUUUUUCUGCUGGUGAAAAAGGGAGGGGUCCCCCCAUUGACCACCAAAAUGGUUGUGCUGUGGAUUAUGGGACAAGUUGGCUGGCUGCCACCCCAUAGCCUAUUAAUUGUGGACAAAGUUACACAAUAAAUAUAUCCUUGGAAAUAUUGUGUAUGUCUAGAACAGGCAAAGGAUUUAUUAUCUAUUGUUGUAGGUUGUCUUAGAUAAAAAUCUUUCCACUACAUAUUUUGAAUGAGUAAAACCUUGUCUUAAAAAGCAUGUCCCUUGUUCCAAAAGAUAAAACUACUUCUGAGUUUGUUUGUUUUUUUCAUUCUCCCCUGAAUUUCUAAUCUUUUUCCAUUGAAAAUAAGUCCUAGGGCGAGAGGAGGAGAAAUAGGGCCCACAUUUGUUUCUCUCACCAGGCCUUCACAUCUCUACUAAUCAGACUUUUUAACAACUUUGUGCUCUGACGCCGUGGCUAUAGUUGUUGGCUGCCAGUUUCAUGUCACUGCUGGUAGCUCCACCUUUCUCCAUGUACACCAAAAGAUGUAUUCCUGGAUGAAGAUGCAGGAAUACUUGCUCAAAUGACAGCUUUUGAAUUCAUAUAUCUCUUGCUAGGAUGGUGUAACUAUCUGGAUUUCAACUGAUAAAUUUAUCUGCUUUGCAAGCACGUUAUUCAAGUAAGACCCUGCCAGUCUUCCUUAAAAACAUACAAACAAGUUAUUUUGAACUUGCAGAAAGUCAAAAAGGAAGCUUGCAGACUCCUGUAGUCUUUUUCCUUUUUUGGCAUAAUGUUCUGCCAUGUUAAAAGGGGAUGUAGUUUGAUCUCUUUCCCCUAUUCUACUCCCACCUUCCUAAAAAAUAAUUCCUGUAUUUUUCAUUAACUUGUGCAGUCCACAGUUAGCAUUAUUAUAAACCAUUUCAUUCGAAAAGCACUUUGAAAGCCUAUUCCUAAGGGAUUAAAAUAAAUGAAAUGGCUUAUGACAUGUGCUGAACAAAGCAAGUCAUGGACAUUAUGUGUGUACAUCUCUUCCCUGGUGUCUUGUGUUCUCACUGAGUUGUGGUGUUGCUUAAAUUUCCAACACCUGCUUCGGGUGAUGUUCCCACCUCAACAUUCCAUAUGGAAGUCAUGACAGACAACCGAUUUGAAGUUGCAGCAAGAUCUUAGUAUCUGCUGUGAGAUAACCUAUGAACAGUGAAAGAAAAUUGCUCGUGCAAGACACACACAGGCAGCAAACAUCAAGGUGCACGAUUGUUUAUUCUUUUUAAAAUUCUUCUUAUAUUAUUAUUACUACUACAAGAGUGUAUUCAGUGUACUUGAAUUUUUAGUUUCCUGCUCCAUCUGGGUUUUUUAAAAAAGCUUUUAGUUAGCAAAAGAGAUGAGGCAAGUGAAAUAUUUUUUGUCUCCUUGCACAAUUAUAUUAACAGUUUUGAAUAUUCAGUGUGAAGCUGUUGGAUGAAUUGUUAACCGUUGCAUUUUUAAAAGGUAAAGUGUUCUGUGAGAGAAUGCGCGAUCACGCUGAAGAGUCUUUGGUGACGGGACUCUUGGCACGAGUUUGGCUAGUUAAGGGUAAGAAAAUGGAGUAAGAAUCUAAGGGGGGGGGGGUUAUUUUGCGCUGCUAAAAAGCUACAAUUUGUUUAAUUUUUCACAUUAACAGUACUUAGCUGUAUUGUUUCACUGAGUGUGCUGCUAUUUUGUAAACAUUUUUAUAAUAUAUUACUGCUUAAAUUUUCAAAUCCUGAAGUAAGUGGUUAAGUGGAGAUAUGCUGCAUUUCUUCGAUUUACUGGAAAAUGCCUGUACAGUCUCUCCCUCCUCAUACAGAGUUGUGUUGCUGUUAUUAUAUUAAUUUCUUAUCACUCCUUCCUUGCUAUAUUUUACCUCAGGUUUACUGGAAAACAAAAUGGUUCCCAUUUUCACAUUACCUCACAAUUUUACAGUUUUCCACGGAGAGCCACAUUGAAGAGUUGAUGCAAAAGGCAUCUGGGGCUGAUCUUUUCCCAAGGGAAAGUGGUCAAGCUUCAGGUUCGAACAGGGAACAAUUUUUUUGAUCAUGAAGACAUUUGGCUCCAACGUGGACUUUGGUAUCCUUACCAUAAUGGAGGAAAAUGCAGUGAUAUAGAGAAUCUGGAUUAAAUUUGUCAUAUUCCCAUCAAAGCUGGAGAAAUUAGUCCAGAGAGAUUUUACGGUGAAUUACAGUUCUGGGGUACAAUUCCCCAACAGUGUGCCCAGUAAUAAUGGAUGGGAUUUAUGAAGGGGAAACACUUAGGUCUAAGAAGCCCUUGAGUCCCAUAAAUAUCUUUGGCUUUCUAUUCCCUUCACAGUCUGGUUAUUCUGGCUUCCUACCCUUCCCAUAUAUCUUAACAUAAAGAUUUCAUUUUCUAUUUUAAAAAGCCGUAUUUGGCUCUGGAGCCUUAGGUUGCAGACCCCUGGCUUAGGUGACCAUGCUUCAAAUUAUUCUAACUUUAUGCAAACCUAUAGUCAUUUCUGUUGCAGAAGGCCAGUGGUUUCUGCCUUAGCCCAGUCAAAAUGAAUCAGAACUGUAUAAAAGCUAAUGAAUGUGUAAGCCCUGUUGAAAUUAAUUGCACUUGAGCAGAUGUUCCUGGUGGAUUGUGCCCUUGAUAGAAGGCAAAAUCUCUUCCUUUAACCAAAUAACCAGAUUCUCCACAGAAUCACUCUGAACACUGUAUUUUUUCCCACUGUGGUUACCAUUUACCUCAGAAAUCACUGACAGUUGCGCAAUCUGUUUUCGACUUCUUCUUCUUUAAAAAUUUUGCUUUAACAAAAUGUGAUGCCGUAUCAGUUCAAUGUUACUCUUUCACAAAUGGGCUGCGUUAAGGGGUAUGGACUUUAAAAAUAUGGUCAGGGUAUGCUAGGAGAUGUGUAUAGACAUGGUUGGAUAUAUAAAAAUGUAUUUAGCAAGUAUGUGAGUCUCUGCUUGGGUUUUGAUGGAUAAGAACACUAUAAUCUCUUCUGAUUACCUUCCAAAAGGUCUUAUCUGUUAAGUCUUCUAUGUUAAUAAUCAGAUGUUUUGACUAGUUACAAGAAGGUUUAUAUGCAAUGUGUUUUUGGCAGGAUUAGAUAUAUUAUGGACAUUAAACUCACCUUGACCCAA